AUGGCCGAGGUGAAAGAAAUCGAUGGCUCAAACCGUGGUAUUCCGACCAGCGAAGUGAUCGUAAGUUUUUGAACUUUGAUUUAAUUAUUGUUUAGAAAUAUCAAGUUAAAUGUGUGAUUAUUUUUUUCAUAAAUUUGUGUCGUUUUAUUCGAUUUUUCGAAAGAAUUCUCGCGUUUUUAAAAAAAUAGCAAUUUGUUUUUUUUUAAAAGAUCUAUCGAUUUCUUUCUUCAUUUCCCAAGCCUGAAAUGAUUAUAACUUAAUUCACAAGUUCACAGGAGUUUUUCCCUUUAUUGAAUGUAUAUUUUUUUGAGUAAAUUUAGGUUUUUAAAAGUUUUAAGAAGAAAAUUUUGAACUUCUUAAGUUAUUUUUAGAGUUUUUCACUCAAAAUUAGAUAGCAUGUGUUUCAUAAGCUCACGGAAACAUUAGUUUUCAGUUUUUUGUGUUUUAAUAAUCUACCCUCCUAAGGAAGAUGAGGCUUACCUGCUUUUUGAAAACCCAUUUUAAACGAAACUUUCAAAAUUUCUCCGAUUGACUGAGGAUGCGUGAGCGGAUGACAAAUAGUUGAUUUCUGGUCACGAUAACCAGAGAAAUAUUUGAACGGACCCCAAUUUAUGGUCGUCGUUGAGCUUAUCCCGCCGCUCCUUUUGUGGCCCUUUCAAGAAUAGAAUCAGAGGGGUUCCUCACUUCAAAAUAUGUGAAAUUUGAAAGAAAAAGAUUGAAAAGUGUGAUUUUAUUGAGUUUCGAAGCCAUUCUGAUUGUUAACAAUUUAAGAAGAAAGAAAAAUUGAAUCAAAAACGUCUUCAUUUUUUUCCUUCAGGAAGACGUGGCCGGCUGGCUGACCAAGGAGAAGCUGUCGCCGGAAGAAGCCGAGCUGGUUCUCCGGGAAAAGUACCGAAAGUACAAAUACGUCGAGAACAACAUGACCCUCUCACGGGAAAGGUUCCAAGUUUAUUUAUAUUUAAAAAAAUUGGUUUAAACGGAAAAAAAGGAAAAAAAUGAAGUUUUUUUAAUGCCAAUUCUUGCUCGAAUUCGGUUAUUUUGAUAACAAUCCGAAGAAAAAGUUCGAAUUUGUUCUAAAUCUUGCCAAAAAUAAGAAAAAAAGGGCGAAAAAUUCUAUUCAAAAAUUGUCAUUUUUUUAUUGAGUUUCUGAACUUUGAAAGUUUGUAAAUAAUGUUCUUAUAAAUUUUUUUCCACUGUAGUUUUUUUCAAAAAUUUUUUUCAAAAUUGUUAGAUUUUUUUCAAUCAUUAUUGUCUUUUUUAAACAAGUCCUGGUUUUUUUCCCAAAAAAGUCUUCGUAUUACGAAAAAACCAUAUUCAAUAUUAAAUGUCUGUUUCAGAACGAAUAUAAAUUUGUUUAACUGAUUCUUCUAUUUUUCCUUAUCGUUAUCAAUAAAAAAAUAAAACUAAUGGGUCUAAAUUUUUUUACGAUAUUUGAAGUUUUAUAAUCUACUGAUUAUUCAGAAAAAAAUUGCAUAAUUCAUAAAAAAACGCAACGGAAAUUUGCAUGUAGUUAGGUCCCUCACGGGAGUUUCGGACUGAAUAAAAAAAAUUUUUCUUUUUGAUUUUUUUCUAACAUUAGUUCGAUAAACCAAUGGGAUAAUCUCUGUUUGAAUACUCCAUUUCACCACGAUUUCUUUUCAGAAUGUCCGAAAAACUUCCGGAAUUCAAGAACAGCUUGGCGAUUUUGGAAGUGAUGCUGGAGAAGCGGGUAUUUCCAUUCGAAAAUCUUGAUUAAAAUCAAUUUUGAACAUUUUCAGGACAAAGAAGAGCCUUUCGAAACGACGUUCCUCCUGUCGGACGACGUCUAUUCGCGCGCCAUCGUUAAUAAGCCUGACAAGGUUCGAAAAAACUCAUUUUAUUAUGAUUUUUCAUCUCGGCUUGAAACGGCGAUUUGCGGUUCAUGUCCGUUUUUGGCGCCAUUUUUUUGAUGUUGCUUAUAGAAAAUACUGUUUUCCUUUCAUAAAAUAAUCCUUGAAGAAAAUUCUUUUGCAAUUUAUACACAAAUAAUGGUGGUUUCCAUAAAAGUUCUGACUAAUGCGUUGAUUUUUGAAUUCGCGCCAAAGCGCAUCAAAACUUGAAAAUGCUGGAGUGGCCACUAGAGGGGCAACCUUAGGGUCUCUUUUAUUCUCCCCUCAAGGGACCACUCCAUUAGAUUUAGUCAUUGAUUUUAAAGUUUUCGACUUCAUGCGUCUCUCUGUUCCCUCGCCGGCGAGGUCAGAAAAAUAUAAAAAUAGCAGGUCAAAAAGAGAGAGUCGUCGAGAGACGAGGAGAACCCAGAGAAAAACAGAAGUUUUUUCGUCAAAAACGGACUAUGAAUUAAGAGAAUUCCCAUCAAAAUGCGAUAAUUUUUGAAUCGGCGCCAAAACGCAUCGCGACCGCUUUGCACGUGAACCCGUACUUGGACCUUAUAUAAAAAUAAGUUUUAGGUGUCGAUUUGGCUCGGCGCCAAUGUGAUGGUCGAAUAUGAGUUGGAUAAGGCGAAAGCCUUGCUCGAGAAAAAUCAGAGCAGCGUUCAGAAGGUAAUCAUAUUUUUUUUUAGUUCUUUUUUCAGUUUGUAUCUCGAAGUUUACAUAGUAACAACUUUGAAAGAAAAUCAUGGGAUUUUUCUAUUUUUUUACGAUUUUGUAGAUUUUCCUCUGAUUCAUUAUUUGGCUCUUAAAAUUUUUCUCAUUUCUCGUUCUGAGCACUUUAAAGACUGUAAUGUUGUCAUUUUACCGACUUGAAAGGCGAAAUUAGUAAAUUGGCGAGCGUUGCGUGUGCGUCGCGGCUUUUUUUGGCGAGAAUCUCAAGUUCGAAUUAAAUCAUGAAAAAAAGUGUAGAAAAAAAGAUUUUCUAUUAUUUUUUUAAAAAUUUUAUCCGUUCAACUAAUCGUUUGUCUUCAUUACCGUGAGAUAAUUGAAAUUAUUGAUCGGAAAAACUGUCGAAAAAAAUAAAAACGGUAUAGUCAAUGUUUUCCGACUUGAAAGGCGAGGGAGGCAGGGGGCGGGACGCGUAGCGUGUGCGUACGCGGUUCUUGGCGCGAGUUCAGAUCAACCGCCAGCGACUUUUUGGAGAGUUUAUCGCUCUUUUCAUUUUUUUAAAAAAAUUUAUUUAUUGAUUUUUUUAUGCGUGCAUUAAAAAAAUAGUAGAUUAUAUUAAAAAAAGAGCGGUGACAGAGCUUUUUUUGAAUAGUCGGUGCGCUUAGAUUGAACUCGCGCCAAGAACCGCGUACGCACAAGCUACGCGUCCCGCCCCCUGCCCCGCCUCUCUCGCCUUUCAAGUCGGAAACAUUGAGUAUAACUCGUUUUUGACCUUGAGUUCCCCGCCAAAAAGCCGCGUCGCGCACGCAACGCGUCAUCUUUGUCAUUUUACCAAUAUCGCCUUUCAAGUCGUUAAGGAUUACUAUACCACUGGAUAAGUUUUAAAAACAAUCCUCGUAUAAUUUUGAAAAAGAAAGGAACUUUUCCAGCUAGUGGACGACCUGACGGCGGAGUUGGCCUUCAUCAAGGACCAAAUAACGACGACCGAGGUCAACAUGGCACACAUCAUCAACUAUCGGGUCAUGCUCAACAAGACCAAGGGCGACGCCAAAUAA